AUGCUCGCAUACGGCUCCGCAUCCUCAACCCUAGAAUCAAAGGACAGCACGCAAACCAUCAACUCCCGCACCGGCCUAAUCCCUUCCCCCAGCGUCGUUCAGCCCGCGUAUUCCAACCAACCUCAGCAACUCACCGGCAGCAUGUCCGGCCCCGACGAACCACACAUCAUGCGCACGCGUCGCCGCGUCAAGGACCCCUACGCCAUCGACCUCUCCGACGAAGACGACGACGACGAGGAUGAAGAUGAGGACCAGUUGACGGCUCUUCCGACGCCGACGAAUCAACACCCGCCCCAGGUGCAGGUGCAAAGACACCAAGCGCCGGAGACUAAGCGACCGCAAGCCCCGCGUCAGGAGAGUCUGAUGGAUUUCUUAAACGGGAUGGAGCCUCCGAGUACGAGUAAACCUCAGCCUUUUAUGCUGAGUGAAGAGACGAUCGCUGCUGCGCGUGCGCGUGCGGCCGCUUCGAGUAAUCCAUCGUUGUCAUCCGCUACAUCCACUCCGAGGAAUAACUACGGUAACGGUAACAAUCAUAAUAACAGCACUCCCGCCUUUGGUUCCAUAUCCUCCUCCAACAACUCCGCCUCCCACAACAAACCCAGACUCCAAGCCCGCGCCCCUGCUGUCGCUGAUAAUAUCCGCGGUGGCGGCGGCGGCGGCGGCGGUGGUGGUAGUGGUUUUGGUGGAGGUGGAUCAAGGACGGCAACGAGUGACCUCGCCGACUUUUUGAAAAAUAGCGGGCCGCCGGAGAUGCCGGAGCCUCGGCAGCAGGGAAGGAAGGAAGAGGAGAAGAAGAGUAAGAGGUUUUGGAGGAGGGGGAAGACUUAUGGGGAUUUGCCGUAG